AUGGCCAAUCCUGGAAUGCUCUACGUUACCAUGCAGCCCAAGCCAGGGCUGCCGAUACACCAGUUUCAUGAAUGGUACAACAAUGAACAUGGCCCGACGAGGCUCAGACUACCCCAGAUCUUCUCGAACGGCCUCCGUUAUCGGGCGGUAGACGGAAAGGAGCCUGAGUUUCUAGCUGUCUACGACGUCGUGUCUAUGCCGCUCUUGGAGACGGAUACUUACACUUCUUUACGCGCAAACAGAUCGCCUAGAGAAGCUGAAACUAUUGGCCAGGUAGAUGUGAAGAGGUACUUCUGGGAUCUCAUCUCUGCAACGCAGUCUCCGCUCUUCAUCCCAAUCGAGCAGUUAACAGAUGACGAGGCCGAGGGCAUACUACUGCUCUCAUUGGAGUUCAAGCUUAGCGACACGGCAGAUGCUGAGAGAGAAACCAGCAUGUGGCUCAAGGAGCACGUAUCUUCGAUAUCAAAGUUAGCUGGCUGGCUACGAUCGCGGGUCCUUAGAACAUCCAGCUUGGAGUCUGGCUCGCCAAUCUCCUUCAUUGCGCUACAUGAGUUUUCCAAAGUGGAGCUCGCAACAGCAACUCAUCUGCUUACAUCAUCCCCUCUUGGGUGGAAUGAUAUUCAAGAAAAGUAUGCAACAGUUAACUCGCAACGGCUGUAUGAGCUCUUCUACGUCUUCGGGCCGGCAUCGCGCGAUUUAUACAAUUUGUCGCGUCUCGACCCCUCGACACCCAACUUCACAUCCCCAGACCGUAAGACUAUCACUUCGGCUGCCACUUCAACAAUAUUCUCGUACGUGACGACUCCCGAUGGGCUCAAGAUCCCUUACAAGCUCGAAGGCAACCCGGACCCCAAGGCGCCAGUUAUCGCUUUCUGCAACUCGCUACUUACCUCACUUGGCAUGUGGAGCCCCUUCGUUAAGAUCCUGAAAGCGCAGAGGCCACAGUACCGCAUUCUGCGCUAUGACUUCCGCGGCCGGCAUGACAUACCUUCUCCCCCUGUUCCUGCAACCUUAGACACGCUAGCAGAUGAUCUAAGCAGUGUCCUAACUGCGCUGCGUAUCCCCAAGCUGGACACGUUGAUCGGGGUGUCUAUGGGUGGAGCUACGACUUUGCGGUUCGCGCUCAAGUAUCCCGAUAAGUUAGGGCGGUUCAUUGCGUGUGAUUUCAACGUAGCGUCCAGCCCUGCAAACACGGAAGCGUGGAAGCAGCGUACCGCUAUCGCUGAGACGCCUCUCGAGGACGGCGCUCCUGGUAUCCAAAAGCUAGCUAAGCAGACCGUUGAGCGCUGGUUCCACCCCGCUACGAUGGAGAAGCAAGAAAUCGUGCGUUGGGUAGAGGAUAUGGUUGCUGAGAACAAUCUCGAGGGCUUCAGGUACGGGUGUCAGGCGCUCUGGGACUAUGAUAUGAAAGCCCAGAUGAAAGAGUGCCAGGUCCCGGCACUGCUGGUCGUUGGCGAGGGCGACGGAAAGGGGGCACUAGUCAAAGCCAUGGACGGCUUCAAAGGCCUUCUCGGAAAUAAUGGCGCUGAGCUAGCCGUCGUACCAGGGGCGGGCCAUCUUCCCAUGUGCGAGAAUCCAGAAGCUUUUUGGACAGCCGUGGAGGGGUUCUUGUGA